GCAAAAAGAAAAAUAAAGAAAUCAAAGGAUAAAGACAUCAAAAAGGGGAAAAAUUAAUCAAAGUGUCAAAAGAAAAUAAAAUAAAAUCCUUUAUUAAGAACAUUUUAAAAAAAAAAAAAUUGAAGGAAUGCUUGUAAUUAAGAACAAUAGAAAGGAGAAGAGCAGAUACGAUAGAUAUUUGUGAUCUUGUCUUUCAUUUUUUCCCCUUUUCUUUAUUUUUCUCUCUCUUUCUCUCCAAAUAUUAUAGUAAUUAUUAAUUCAUUUCUUCCUUUCUUAGAAAUUUCAGUCUCUCUCUCGAGACUUACGACUCUUUUCUCUCAAACUAUGCCUUGCUCCUUCUCUGUAUAUCAUUGUACCAGGACUGAUUUCUAGCAUUUUAAUGUCACCGACAAGCAGAUUGUCUACCAGGGCAUGAACAUCUUCAGGGGGUUAUAUUUGGAUUUCCCCAUCAUAGCUCCAUCACUUUUGAUCGGAGAGGUGAAAGAUGGACAGGAACAGAUUGGAUUUAAGAUUGCAUCACUCUGGCUCAACACAGUCUGAGGAAUCAGCUUUAGAUUUGGAAAGAAACUGUUGCAAUCAUCCUAAUCCACGCUGGUCAAGUCCAACUUCACUUCAGCCCUUUGCAUCCGGUGGUCAGCACUCUGAAAGUACUGCAGCCUACUUUUCUUGGCCUACUCUGAGUCGAUUAAAUGAUACAGCAGAAGAUAGAGCAAACUAUUUUGGAAACCUUCAGAAGGGGGUGCUACCAGAAACUCUUGGGAGGUUGCCAUCAGGGCAGCGAGCCACCACCUUGCUUGAGUUGAUGACCAUUAGGGCAUUUCAUAGCAAGAUCUUACGUCGGUUUAGUCUUGGCACUGCAAUAGGGUUUAGGAUUCGGCGUGGUGCCUUGACAGAUAUUCCGGCUAUUCUUGUCUUUGUUGCUAGGAAAGUUCAUAGGCAAUGGCUCAACCAUGUUCAGUGCCUACCUGCUGCACUUGAGGGACCAGGAGGUGUAUGGUGUGAUGUGGAUGUUGUUGAAUUCUCAUAUUAUGGAGCACCUGCACCAACUCCAAAGGAACAAUUGUACACUGAACUUGUAGAUGGGUUAAGGGGAAGUGAUCCAUGCAUUGGUUCUGGUUCCCAGGUUGCUAACCAGGAGACAUAUGGAACACUAGGGGCCAUUGUGAAAAGCCGAACAGGAAAUCGACAGGUUGGUUUCCUUACAAAUCGGCAUGUCGCAGUUGAUCUGGAUUACCCAAAUCAGAAAAUGUUCCAUCCGUUGCCACCCUGCCUUGGACCUGGAGUGUAUUUGGGUGCUGUGGAGAGAGCAACCUCAUUUAUCACAGAUGAGCUUUGGUAUGGUAUUUUUGCCGGAAUAAACCCAGAAACAUUUGUGCGAGCAGAUGGGGCUUUCAUUCCCUUUGCAGAAGAUUUUAACAUGAACAAUGUAACUACAUCUGUCAAAGGUGUAGGUGAGAUCGGUGAUGUUCAUAUUAUCGACUUGCAGUCUCCAAUUAACAGUCUUAUUGGAAGACAGGUGGUCAAAGUUGGAAGAAGCUCUGGCUUGACUACUGGAACUAUAAUGGCAUAUGCUCUAGAAUAUAAUGAUGAAAAAGGAAUUUGUUUCUUUACUGAUUUUCUUGUUGUUGGAGAGAACCAGCAGCCAUUUGAUCUUGAAGGUGAUAGUGGAAGCCUCAUUCUCUUGACAGGUCAGGAUGGUGAUAGACCGCAGCCAGUUGGGAUCAUUUGGGGUGGGACAGCUAAUCGAGGUAGGUUGAAGCUUAAAGUUGGCCAACCACCAGAAAAUUGGACUAGUGGAGUUGAUCUCGGCCGCCUUCUUGAUCUCCUUGAACUUGAUCUCAUCACAACAAAAGAAGGGCUUCAAGCUGCAGUGCGAGAUCAAAAAUAUGCAUCUGUAGCAGGAUUAGAUUCUACAGUGGGGGAGUCGUCACCUGAUCGGGUGCCAUCAAAAGAUAGAGUUGAAGAAAACUUUGAGCCUCUAAAUUUAAAUAUUCGACAAGUUUUAGUUGAAGGAGAAUCCCAACAAGGACUGACUGGACCUUCUUUUCACACCGAGUUUCACAUAGAAGAUGGGGUAGAAGCAGUUCCUAAUGUAGAACACCAGUUCAUUCCAAGUUUUGCAGGGAGGUCUCCGGUUCAUGAUAAGAGCCAACAGGAAAAUGUUGAAUUCAAAAACCUCUUAACAUUAAAGAAUGGGUCGGAUGAGGAUCUAUAUGUAUCAUUGCAGCUGGGUGAACCUGAACCAAAGAGAAGAAAAUCAGAUUAGUAUUUUAGUCAUUGAAGAAUCCAAAUCAAGAAACAAGGGGAUAUUCCUAUGUGGCUUGGAGAAACUCCUUUCAAAGAUGAGCUUGCAAGGCUAUCCCUUGUUCUGGCUUGGACUUUAAAAUUCUAAUUUGUAAGUAUCCUGAAGUGUUAAAUUGCAGAAAAGAAAUUUUAAGGUUCAUGCCUUAAAGGCUUAAGCUAGGUUCAGUAUGUGGAAAAAAAACUAGGUUCAGUAUCAUUCUUUUUUUCUUUACUUUUCUUGUUUUGUUCAAGGUUACAACCUUAGGUUACAUAUGUGGGUCAUACAGCAUCUAGCAGAAACCAAAAAAGAAAAAAAAAGAAAAAAAAAAUGUUAGGCAGUACCUUUUAUUUAAAUGUCUUCCAUUUACCUUUUUGUAUCAUAGGCACUCCUAAAGGGGGGUGUAAACAGCAGGUUAAACAUAUAUAUUAUUUCUGCAAGCAACCUGGUUUGAACUUUUA